ACUUUUAAUUACAUUUGUUUGAAUUGUGAGUCCCUUUCAGUCUACUCACUAAUACAAUGGCAUCAGAACAUGAUAGGGCAGUUCUUUGGACAAUCUUCAAUCCUACAAGCCCUUUUGAAGACAUUCCUGGUUUAAACCAAGAGGAAGAGCUUGCAGAUGAUGACUCUUCCUUUGACCCUAAUCUGCUAAAGCAGGUGAAGAAUCUGGAGCUCCAGGGAGUGUCUGCUGCUGAGUCUGGGGAUUUGAAGACGGCCCUGAAUCAUUUUAAUCAGGCCAUCCACCUACUUCCCAUGAGAGCUUCAGCCUACAAUAACCGUGCUCAGGCCAAACGUCUACAGGGAGAUACUGACAGUGCAAUUGAGGACUUGGAACAGGCCAUUUUACUGAGCAAAGGCACAGGCCGCACAGCCUGCCAGGCUCUUGUUCAGCGUGGCCUUUUGCUCAGAUUGGCACACCGGGAUGACGAUGCCAGGUCUGACUUUGAGCGGGCAGCGGCCUUGGGUAGCAAGUUUGCUAGACAGCAGGCUGUAAUUCUGAAUCCUUAUGCAGCUCUAUGCAACCGUAUGCUUUCUGAAGUCAUCAGCAACCUAUGCAACCCAAAGGUGCCAGAGAUACAGUAGAGAUGAAGUGAUAGACAUAGCAAAGGGCACAUUAUAUACAUGAUGAAUGUUGUCAGCAAAUCUGGAUUUAAAUGUGUGCAUACCUUUUUUUUGCAAGAGAUUUAAUAAAGAUAAUUUUGUUUAUCUGGA